GUUUUGUACGAUAUGAAGUCUGCUCUAAGAUCCGAUUUCGAUUCCGAUUUCAUCUCAAAUCUCCCAAACAACAUAAUUGACAACAUACUCGGAUGCUUGCCCCUACGAGACGCCGUAAGCACGAGCAUCUUGUCUCGCGAAUGGCACUACAAAUGGAUGUCUUGCCCAGACAUAGUCUUCGAUUUCUGGUUCGAUCAAAUGUUCCUCGGUGGCCACAAACUCGAGCCCCUUGUCUACCAAAUCCUUAAGCUCCACAAAGGGCCUCUCCUGAAAUUCGUACUCCAAGUACCCGAUCUCAAAUCCAGCCCCGCUAUAGACGAAUGGGUUCGUCUCUUGCCCAACAAAACCCUCCAAGAUUUGACCGUACACGUGUCGAGAGGAGAAACCCACAAGUUGACCGAUCAUCUCUUCACUUUCCAACAAUUGAGGAGUUUGAAGCUGUACAACUGCGUUUUCGAUCCUGCUUUGGACUUUAAGGGGUUCCCGAAACUAGUGAAUCUUGAGCUUCAGAGCGUUGCCCUUGUGCCCGAGACUUUCGGGCGGUUUGUCGCUUCGUGCCCGAAUCUUGAACGGUUGAGAUUGGUUCUCUGCACGAGCUUCGAUCAUCUCGAGAUUACGGGUCCCAAGUUGAAGUAUUUCGAGUUUCAUGGGGUGUUCAAGUCUAUUUCUUUCAAGAAUUGCCCACUUCUGUCGGAGGUUAAAUUGACUUUUUCGUCCAUGGAAUUCAAAAGGGGGAACCGGUUCUCGUUGGAUUUGGUGAAAUCGUUGUGUACUUUGCCUGCUCUUGAGGAUCUUCAGUUGCAAGCUUAUGCAUUGGAGGACCUCGUCGAACAUGGUGCACCGAACAAACUGCCUCUCUCGUUGACAACGCUGAAAAACCUUCACCUUUCGGAUAUGUAUUUCGAGAAAAUCGAGGAGACUUCUUGUGCUAUUUCAUUCAUCAGAAGCUGCCCUAACUUACAGAAGCUUAAAAUUACUGCUUUUACUUUUGAUGUGGUGGAUGCCGUGGCCGACUUUCUACGAUCGCAAAGAAGUUCCGAAUCGUUCACUCAGCUCAGAACUGUGAAGAUGCAAUUGUUUUCCGGGAUCGAAGCAGAAAUGGAGUUCGUUAAGUAUCUAUUAGCAUCUGCUACUGCUUUGGAGGAAAUGACCAUUACGCCCCAUGCUGGUAGUGUUACUGAUGGAGGGGAGUCGAUAUUGAACGAGAUUAAACGGUACCCUCGAGCCUCCCCGAGUGUCGAAAUCUUUAAUUCGGAGGGGAAUUACGGGAAUAAACAUGUUUCGGUGUGAUUCUUUUCCCUGGAUCUUGUUUUUUUUGUAAAUUACUAUUUUUCUUAAAAGCCGAUUUUUAGGCGUAGAUUGUUUUGUGGGGGUGGUGUGUUUUCAGCAUCUGAUUUGAGGGAGAGCCACCAUGUUUUUUUUUGGCUCUCUCUGCUUUGUGUAUAGUUUCUGUAUGUAUAUUUGUAGCUCAAAAAAAAGCUCAAUAUUUGUACUAUGGGGCUAAUUAAACCAAGCUACUGGAUUCGAGAUCGUUCGUUAAAAGUUCGGUUUGUAAGCAUAAUAAAUUAAGUUUUUGUUAGAUAAACUAUGAGUAAACAAUGUACGAAAAAAUCAAGUUAAUC